CUUGUCUUCUCCUGUAGCCUGCUGAUGAAGAGGAAACUCUUCCUCUACAACUUCAAGAACCUGCGCUGGGCCAAGGGCCGGCGUGAAACCUACCUCUGCUAUGUUGUAAAGCGCCGUGACAGUGCUACAUCGUGCUCCCUGGACUUUGGAUACCUGCGCAAUAAGAUGGGCUGUCACGUGGAGGUGCUCUUCCUGCGCUACAUCUCAGCCUGGGACCUGGACCCGGGCCGCUGCUACCGUAUCACCUGGUUCACCUCCUGGAGCCCCUGUUACGACUGCGCCCGGCACGUGGCCGACUUCCUGCGUGCCUACCCCAACCUGACCCUCCGCAUCUUCACGGCCCGCCUCUACUUCUGUGAGGACCGCAAGGCAGAGCCUGAGGGGCUGAGGCGCCUGCACAGGGCGGGGGCCCAAAUUGCCAUCAUGACCUUCAAAGAUUACUUCUACUGCUGGAACACGUUUGUGGAGAACAGGGAAAAGACAUUCAAAGCCUGGGAAGGGCUGCAUGAAAACUCUGUCCAUCUGUCCAGGAAACUUCGACGGAUCCUCCUGCCACUGUACGAAGUAGAUGAUUUACGAGAUGCCUUCAAAACUCUGGGACUUUGA